UAUUGUCGUUUUCCCAAUAACUUCCUCCAGAAAAUUUAUUUUCUCGAGAAGAAAAGGUUGGGGGUUAUAUCGAAAAACUUAUAGAGAAGUAGCGGUCAUGAGCUUUCAAGAUCUGGAAGCUGGACGGCCAUUGUCGUCGCGGCAAAAUCUGAACCACGGCAAGCAAGAUGCCACCCAAGCAGUGACUUCCGGCAUUUUCCAGAUCAACACCGCCGUUUCUACCUUCCAGCGACUCGUCAAUACCAUCGGCACUCCUAAGGACACGCCUGAGCUCCGAGAAAAGCUGCAUAAAACGAGGCUACAUAUUGGGCAAUUAGUGAAGGACACUUCGGCUAAACUUAAACAAGCUAGUGAAACAGAUCAUCGUGCUGAAGUUAGUGCAAGCAAGAAGGUAACUGAUGCUAAACUUGCAAAAGACUUUCAAGUAGUUUUGAAAGAGUUUCAGAAGGCUCAACGGCUUGCAGCUGAAAGAGAAACAGCAUACACUCCUUUUGUUCCCCAAACAGUUCUUCCUUCAAGCUACACAGCUGGUGAGAUAGAUGUGGGAUCGGAUCAAAGUGCCGAACAGCGAGCUCUUCUUGUAGAAUCAAGAAGACAGGAGGUCCUGCUGUUGGAUAAUGGGAUUGCAUUUAAUGAGGCUAUCAUCGAAGAAAGAGAACAAGGAAUUCAAGAAAUUCAGCAGCAAAUUGGUGAGGUGAAUGAGAUCUUCAAAGAUCUAGCUGUGCUAGUUCACGAGCAAGGAACUAUGAUUGAUGACAUCGGUACCCAUGUUGAAAAUUCACUGGCUGCCACUGUACAGGCUAAAUCACAACUUGUGAAGGCUGCAAAGACUCAGAGAUCAAAUUCUUCUCUGACCUGUUUGCUCCUGGUGAUAUUUGCAAUUGUGAUUCUGAUCGUGGUCAUAGUACUAGCAGCUUGAUACGAAGCUCAUCGAAUUUGAUUAUAGGACAAUCUAGAGAGAUCUUUGAAGAACAAGAGGGUUAUAUUUUUGGUGAUGCAUUUGAUUACGUUGUUUUGCGAAGCAUAUGAUGUCUGACAGGAGUUCUAUUCUAGAAUUAGUAUAUAACAUGUGGUUGUUUGGUCGUUCAUUAUACCAUAUCUUUUUUAGCUUCUUGUAUAUUUUCUUUUAGCAUUUGUGUUAUGUGUUGCAGCUUUUUGUGUGCCCCCUUUUGUUUUCUUAAAAUUUCUUGUAAUUCUUUGUUUUUCAAUAUAUUUGAUUUUCUUUC